UAUACGCUCGGCUCCGCCAUUUUUUUAAGGAGCUUAUUGUGCUACAUGAGAAAUUCUGGGCACGUGAGUCCCGCAAUCCUAUAUACACCAAAUAAUUAAAGGGUCUUCGUCUUAAGGGGUGACAUGAGAAACUUCACGCACGUGAGUCCCCGUCCUAUAUGCACCAGAUAAUUACAAGGCCUUCGUUCUAUGGAGUGACAUGAGAAACUUUGGGUAUGUGAGUCCCCGUCCUAUAUACACUAGACAGUUACAAAGUUUUUUUGCCCCAUGGGGGGUUACAUAAGAAAGCUUUCGUCCCAUGGGGUAGCUCUAAAGAGCACUCUAGAUUUUUGCAAAAGUUAAUCCUGUCUUAUACACUACAUACUUAUAAUUGAAGACCAAUAUUAUGUGGUAAUGGGCUUAAGGUGGGCUAGGCUGUGUGCUGAAUUUGAUGUGGGCUGGACUAAGCUUGAAGACUCAUCAUGGGCCGGUUGCAAAGUACCAAAUACAUUGCAUGACCCGCAAAGCUGGUAUUAUUGCCAAGUGGAUCUUCAUACUCACCAAUUCAAUUUUGUUCCCUAGUUUAGAUGUCCAUCUAUCAAAAUCCCUACAUAACGUCACUCAAAGACCAUUCACUCUCAUCCAAAAACAAAAGUCAUCAUGAACAAUAACAACAAUGAUAAACAUGAAGCCAUUUUUGACAAUAAAUUCCAAAACAUUCUCCCCUAUAUAACCAACAUUGAGCAUUUGUGCUUAAUACCCUCAAUUCACAUUUCACUAUUUUCCCUUUGUUCCAUCCAAAAUAUCAUGGCUUCCUCUCCUCAUUUCCUUCUCAUAUUGCUUUCUUUUUAUUGCCUCACUUUUGUCACCAACUCUCAAGCCCCAACUAAGCCCAACAACUUUGUUUUGCCACUAAACAAAGACCCUACAACAAAUCUUCAUGUAGCCAAUGUCACCAAAAGGACCCCUCAAGUGCAAGUUCCUUUGGUGAUUGACCUAAAUGGGGAGUUCUUGUGGGUUAAUUGUGACCAAAACUACUUGUCAAGCACUUAUGGUGCCCCUCUUUGUCACUCCACUCAAUGUGUCAAAGCCAAUAGUCACUAUUGCCACAAGUGCUCCUCCUCCACAACUAGACCAGGGUGCCACAACAACUCAUGUGGGCUCAUGUUGGAGAACCCAAUAACCCACCAAGUUGGUGUAGGUGAACUAGCCCAAGAUGUGCUCUCAAUGCAAUCCAUUCAGGGGCCCAACCCUGGUCCUGUGGUUAGGGUUCCUAACUUCCUCUUUGCUUGUGCACCUCCACAAUUGAACAAAUGGUUGCCCAAGAAUGUUCAAGGUGUGUUAGGGUUAGGUCAUGCCCCUCUUUCUCUACCAAACCAACUUGCCUCUUACUUUGGUUUCCAACCAAAAUUUGCUCUCUGCCUCCCCAGUAGUGGCAAUGGUGUCAUAUUGUUUGGACAAGGGGAUUUCUAUUUCCGUCCCGGUGUCGAUGUUUCGCAUCAAUUAACCUACACCCCAUUAAAGGUUAGUAGAGAAGGAGACUACCACAUCCAACUUUCAUCCAUAAAAAUCAACCAGAAGCUUGUUCCACUAAACGUGUCUUUGUUAUCUAAUUUUGGAACCAUGAUUAGUACUACAACACCUUAUACACUUCUUGAACACUCAAUCUACCAAUCUUUCACCAACUUCUUUACCAGCCAGCUAUCCGGGGCGCACCAAGUGAAGGCAGUGGCACCUUUUGGGGUGUGCUAUGACUCGAAAACAAUCCCAACUGCUCGAGCCGGCGGGCCGGUAGUUCCCAACAUUGAUCUUGUGUUGGCGAACCAAAGUUCUGUGUGGAGGGUUAUUGGAGCAAAUUCAAUGGUGGAGGUGCGACCGGGGGUGUUGUGUUUAGGGUUUGUGGAUGGAGGGUUGAAGCCAAGAGCUUCAAUUGUUCUAGGAGCUCAUCAGUUGGAAGACAAUUAUCUAGAGUUUAAUCUGGCUCAGUCUAGGCUUGGUUUUAGCUCUUCAUUGCUGCUGUCUAGGACUUCAUGCAGCAACUUCAAGUUCAGUACUUCCACUCCAUAGAGGGAGUGAUAUAUAUAUAUAGCGUUAAGGGUCAUGUGUGACCAUGUGAUGUUAUAAUAUGUACAUGCAUGUUAUGUAAA